AUGGCUGCAAAAGUCUCUAAGCCAACAGAGACCGAGCGGUGCAUUGAGUCCCUGAUUGCUGUUUUCCAGAAGUAUGCUGGACAGGAUGGUAACAGCCUUACCCUCUCCAAGAGGGAGUUCCUGAACUUCAUGAAUACAGAACUGAGUGCCUUCACAAAGAACCAGAAGGACCCUGGUGUCCUUGACCGCAUGAUGAAGAAACUGGACCUCAACUCUGACGGGAAGCUCGAUUUCCAAGAAUUUCUUAAUCUUAUUGGCGGCCUUGCCCAGGCUUGCCAUGAGUCUUUCAUUAAACAUCUCCACUAG